GAAAGUUAUAUUUGGACUACAAGUUACCAUUAGCUAGCAUGUAGCUUUUUGUCAGUGUCCAUGGAUCUGGCUGAGACUUGUUGCAAUCAUUAGCAUCAUUAGCUCACAAAUACUGUCACCGCAUUGGAACUGUUUUUUGAAAUGGAUAUUUUAAGAGACGAUGAAGUGCAUGAGCUGAAAUACAAACCCGGGGGCCGCUUGGAUAUGAGCCACGGCUUCCUGCACCAUAUCCGGAGGAACCAGAUUGCUAGAGAUGACUAUGAUAAAGAGGUGAAGCAAGCCAAAGAGCUUCAGCGGCGGAGGCACACGACAACACCUAGAAGACCACGACGACCUGAUAUCCAAGUGUACCAUCCUCGGCGCAGACAUGGAUCAGAGCCAGGGGCUGGUGCUGAGGCCGAAGAGUGGAAUGAAAGUGGGUCAAGCACAGAGACGGAGACCCAUGGUACUGAGCUGUUCUGGCUCGACUAUCAGGCGGACUCCGGUACCAUUACCUCCAUCCUUGUGCACAAGGAGGAUAAGCCUGAGAAGGUGGUGGAGCGUGUCGCAGAGAAGAACAUCCUGGAUUCAGCCAUGAGGGCAGUUCUAGAGGCUCGAAUUCGAAAGGAAAUGGACAAAAGACGAGACAAACGCUGACUGAUGAUCUCAGACAGUAGAUUACGAUGACAGAGGAGCUACAGAUAAAGAGGAGCAAUACUUCAUUUGCAGUUCUAAACUCCUACACGGCAUUAACGCUGUCGACAGUGUUGGAGGCAUAAUGAGAACUCUGAGAUCAUGUAGAGUGACUCUCAGCAGAGAUCCAACUCGAUGACCCACAAUCAAGCCGUCUUCUGUUUUUGAAGGAGAGGGAACAGCACUUAUAGACAGUGUGGUUGGGAGUUGACUGCCAGGUUCAUGUUUACUACAUUCUACUCACCUUGGACUGUUACCUCAUACCCUCAUACAUAACUGUAGGGACACCUUCAAGUUGACUGGACCUAUAAAAUCAUGUUGUUGCUUUCUAAGAGUUAAAUUCAGAAAGGAGUAGGUACUCUUUGACAGAGAGCACUGUAACCCUCCUCCAUCAAACAUGUCCUGUGUUUCAUGUGUUUACAAAGAUCUAGUUUUUAUAAACAAGAUUUAUUAUUUUUUGGUAAAAUGCUGUGAACGGUAAAUCAGUCUAUCAGCGAUCUUGUGUUUAGAAAUGUGAGAAUUUCAUUUUGUUUUUUUACAGUUGGAGAGUUUCGUGGAUGUAGCCAUGAUAAUGUGUUUGUGUUGCAACUGUAUUUCAUUGUUUUCAGUAUUCUAAUUUAUUUUGGAUUGUUGAAAUACUUUUAUUUUUGAUACUGUAAUAUUUUUUGAGGACACAACUCUUUACACAUAAAAUGACCUAUAUAUAUAAAAGCCAUUUAUUACCG